AAAUGUUUUCAGUCUCAAAAAUGAUAUUAAAAUAUCUCUAAGGACUUUUAAUGAAGUGAAAAAAAAAAUUCAUUUGUCAUAUCCAAAGAGUUGCCCUAUUAAAUAUAGAGAGUAAUGUUAAAACGAACAGACUUACGAAUGUUAUUUACUUUAUAAUUUGACACACAAUUAAAUUAUUGGCAAACAAAAUAAAUGUAACAUAAAGCAAAACGGUUAUAAAUAAGCAAGACUAUGUGAUUGUUGUUCGAGGGAUAAUAAUUAUUAACAUUAGAAUAUAAUAUCUCAUAUACGUAAUAAAUAAUAAACAAGCUUACGUAAAUAUAUUUCACGUAUUUAAAUAAUAAACAAACUUAUUUAAUUAAACAAGUGUACUGAAAUAUUAAUCAAGUAUAGUUGCAAACAGUAUAUAUCUUUCUCAUUAUUGAUCCACUAAAACGUCUGUCGCGUUUUUCGAACGCGAUCAGCUGUAACAACAUGGUAGACACAUCGUUUAUUACUCAGACAAUUUAAAUUAAGACACACGACAAUCAGAACUGUAAAUCAACGAAUUUACAGUUAUUUGCAUUCAUUAGUGACGUAAAUGACAGUGCGAAGAAAGCGAACUUUUAAUCAUUACAACGUAUCAUUUCUCACGAUCCAACAUGACCGCGGCGAAUAUCCAGGAACAGUAAGACCCGACAGGAGCCAAGAGCAAAUCCAGAAUUAACUCUGGAGAUUUCGUUACGUUUAUCAUUCAACGUUGGAUCUUUUGCCUAAAAGGUAUUGAAAACUAAAGCUACAUCCUCUGUAAUAGAAGAUAUUGGAAUUUCAACGUGCAUCCUAUUCAACAGCAAAAAUAUCAGGGAAGCUUAUCAUAAAUUUUAUAAUAAUUUAAGGUGAUUCAGGUCUGAUCAACUCAAAAGUUCCAUGAAAAUAACUAAUCAAUUAAUUUUCACUUAAUUAAAUAAGUUGUAUUCAGGAAAAUAUUUAGAUUCAGAUGUCUUUUGUACAAAAAUGUAACGGAUUUAUGUUCAGAAAGAUAAGAACAAAUUUAUGUUCGGAAAGAUAAGAAGUUACUUCCAUGUCAAAUUCUUUUUUUCGUAAGUAUGAAAACUGUGAAGUUGUUUGAAUUUGUUCAACUACGAUUUAACGACAGGGAUUAGAGAAAAACUAAAAAAAAAAAAUACUUUUGUACAUAGAUCAUUUAGUAUCGCGUGUACGUUUGCUACGUAAAACACUGACAAGAUAGCUGGCUUAAAUUUUCAAGAGACAUGACAGUUUGAAUGACGUGGUAAAGCAGAUAUAUUAUCAUUAUUCUUUAUUAUAAGUUACAAUGCGUCAUUCAUAUGCACAUACGUAUAUAGGCGUAUCUAUAAAACCUCUAUAAAGUCUCGUAAAUCAGUUUUACGAACAUCACAGAACUAGCUGUUCUGAGAACGAAUUAAAAAUUGUCAUAUAAUAUGGUACGAAUAUAGGAAUAUUCCAGUGUCUAAAAAAUUAAGUUUAUAACAUACACGACCAUUUAUAUGUGAACGAAUUAUUAGUCAAUUAUAUAUUUAUGAAAAUACUAAGUUUUAUAAUAAUAUACUAAGAGCAAACAAUAUAACGGUGCGUAAUAAAAUAGAAAAAUUGAGAAAAAAGUAUCAAAAUUGUCAACCAAAAUGAUAAAUAAUCAACACUGUGUGAUUCUAAACACGGGUGAGAACACCAACAAUUAUCAUCAACCAGUCUCAGCCAAGCCGUCUGUUAUCUCAGUAUCGAGUAUCGAUUCAGAUGUCAGCGAUAGAAGAGAUGUACGUGAGGAACUAUAUGCGGGAAUCUUCAGGCGACACAGAAAAACAAUAUUGGUAUUAGGCAGUUUUCUUAAGAUGUUAAGAAAAUAUUUGCAUGCUCUGAGCCAAAUAUAUUUUUUAAUUGCUUUAAAAUCUGAGAUACAUCAGAAAUUUUGGUAAUUUUGGUAAAAUCGAUUUAUUCUUCAGUAUUUCUUAUACAGGGUCAUCGAAAAGUAUCGGACCCCUAAUAUCUUUAGUUAGAAUGCAUUUUGGAGAAAAUGUCUAAUAGCAAAGUUGUAUGGUUUCAAGCGGGGAGUAAGAUAAUGACUUUGACUUUGA